AUGUUCGACAGAUUCAAUCUAAUGGAGCAGUACGCAGCUGCUUCAUACUGUGAGCUCAAUGUUAACACCACCGGCUCGAAAGUGACUUGCUCGGCAGGCAAUUGUCCCUUGGUUGAGGCAGCCGACACGAAUACAGAGGUGGAGUUUAUCAAUGUUGGAGCGACGGAUGUUACCGGCUUUGUCGCCACCGAUCAUACGAAUCGACUCGUUGUCAUAUCUUUCAGGGGAUCGGCUACGCUGCGAAAUUUCAUUACGGACGUCGUCUUCUCAAAAUCCGAGUCAGAUAUCUGCGCAAAUUGUAACGUACAUGACGGCUUCUGGAUUUCCUGGGCUGAGGCGCGAGGUCGUGUAUUGACAGCACUGAUUGACUCCGCGAAAAAAAGGACGGGAUACCAAAUGGCUAUCGUUGGACAUAGCCUCGGAGGUGCAAUUGCCACCAUGUGCGCGGCGGAGAUGAGGAAGAAGGGAUGGAGUGCAGAGCUGUAUACGUUCGGGGCACCUCGCGUCGGAGACGAGUCGUUUUCUCAAUUCGUUACGGGUCAGGGAUCAAAUUUUCGUGUCACACAUUACAACGACAUUGUCCCUCGACUACCGCCCCUUUCAUUUGGCAAUAAAGCUAGACGUGAGAGUGAUAGCGACGUCAAACAUGCACUAGGCAAGAGAGGCCAAUUCGACGGGUUUGGAUUCGUCCAUAUUUCGCCAGAGUAUUUCAUCAGGAGUGGGAAUAACGUUACAGUAAAAUGGGAUGAUAUCGACACAUAUUUCGGCUUGGUCACAUUCAAGGGAAACACGGGGCAAGCUGUAGCUUCUAUUGAUGCCCAUCGGUGGUAUUUCAACGCCAUUAGCAAAUGUGCGUCAUGA